AGCGCCAACACCUAAGUACGGAUUCUUCUCUUCUCGUGUGUUCUGACAGACAUGAUCAACCCAAUGCCUAGACUAAGUCAACCAAAGUUCGCCAUGGACAAGAGGAAGAUGUUGAUACUACAGACUGUCGCGGUUCUGUUGAUUAUCGUGGCCUUCAUGCUUCUGGUGUACGAGUUUCCGCGGUACCACGCAAGACAGGGGCCGGUCAACGGGCAGACUAACAACGGACAGGCACAGGGCGCGGCGGUACAGAUGCAGAGUCUGGACCUGAAAUGGUCGGACAAAGACUCUGCCCGCAGUUUUGAGGACCUGCCCUGGGCCGAUGACGUGUACAACGUCAUCGCGCACGGGAUGACGUAUAAGUGGCGUGUGCAUGACGUCAUGCCGCCUGACGCGGCGUACUUCAGCGUGCUGAGGAACCCAGAGAACCACUUCAAGUCCAUGUUUCACUAUUACGACGUCGGGAAAGUGCUGGGCAUCAGCGGAAAGAACCAGGCCAGCAAGCUACUCAAGAACCCCGCGGCUCUGACCAGCAAGAAGGGCGGCAUUCAAAACUUCCGUAACAUCACGCGAGACUUCGGCAUGCUGGUGAUCCUGGAGCACCUGUCCGAGUCUCUGGUGCUGCUGAGGCGAGUCAUGUGCUGGAGACUACAGGAUAUACUGUACCUGGAGAAGUCUGUCACCCAAUACAGCUACAAGGACACCCCCAUGGGACCCAAACAGCUCGCCAACCUGAGGAAGAUCAACAAAAUCGACUUCCAGCUGUACGACUUCUUCAACCAAACGCUCUGGAAAACCAUCAAGGGUCUCGGACCGGAGUUUCUCGACGAGGUGAAGUACUACCGAGAGGUCAACAUCGAGGUGGACAAGUUCUGUCGCCAGAUAGAGACGGAGGCCACCAUCUCCAAACUGUCCAUCCCGGAGGGGAAAUGGACGAAGGGUUUUCUCGUCAGCCAGAGGACGUGCGAGGAGCUGAAGCUGGAGUUCGAGGACUGGCACAACAAGUUCGUCAUGAGGAGGAACGCGGAGGUCAGGAAGAAGGAAUCAGAAAGUGGCGACGAAGGAACGAAUGAGAAGGUGGGAAAAAAGAGUGAGCAGUCCACAGCGGAUAUACUGAAGGAAUUGAACGCACCAGAUGAGUUACCCCCACCGCCUGGGCAGCUACCGCCUGGGCAGCUACCGGCUGGACAGUUGCCGUCCUCGCCUAAAAACUUACCACCCGUGCCUCUUGCAGGGUUGCCGCCUAAAAAGCUGCCGCCCCCGCCUGGACGGUUAUCGUCUCCGCCUAGAAAGUUGCCGCCCGUGCCUUCUGAUGAACAGUUACCUAAUGCAGAGAUACCGCCUGCACAGUUGCCACCUCCGCCUAAAGAGCUAGAGCCUUCGUCUAAACAGUUACCACCUCCACCACCACAGUGACGACGCCUUACAUACCUUCCCACUGGUGGCCUAAGCAGUGUGUUUCCGUGUAUGUUUGUGGAUAGCGUUCAGCACCAAGGACAGAACAUCGC